UUUUGUUUAGGAAAAGGGAAUUCACCUAUAUAUAUUUUCUUUUAAGAUAUGAAAUAACAAUUAGAAUGUUGAUAGACCAAAUCAGAUAAAAACAAACAUGAGACAAUUAUUCAGGAAUUAAUGAUAUUUGCUUUUACAGUAUAAAAAUGUUAAGAUAUUUAGCCUUAUAAAACUACAAAGAAGAGUUGUGAUAUUAGAAAGAAAGAAAGAAAAGAAGAAAGGAAGGUUAAAAGGCUUGAAAUUCAACUAGUGACUCAUUUCCUUCAAAGAAUGGAGCAAUUUCAUUAUGGUUCACAAAGAAGAGAAGAAGCAGAUGAGUUGAAUUUGAGAGAAUGGCCAGUCAGGGCAAGGAUCAAACGUGAGAACACAAGUUCUAGAAGGUUUUCAGGUUCUUAUAUAAGAAGCUUUGGAGAAGAUGGAAGAUCCUUUAGAUCAAACUUAACCAUUUCCAGCACUGCUUCUUCCCCAGGCUGCUACUCCAUGAGAGAUGAAAUUGACCCAUCAACCUAUUCUUUCACUACUGCUCUUAAAGCAUUGCAAGCUAGGUCAAGUUAUAAUAGUUGGGAAAGUUUGUCACCAGAGGGAUUUGCUUUGAACUCAAAAUGGUAUGAAGCAGAGAAAUAUAUUUGCAAUCCUCUUUCAGGGGAAGUUCCAAUGGAGUGUUUAUCAGCUAAAACACUAAGUGCAAGGUCAUUCAGAAAUUUCAGAACUAGGAUCACUAUGUCUGCUCCUUUAGUUUAUUCUACAAAUUCUAGACAAAUCCAAGAAAGGCCAAUUAGUUUCCCACAGGAAGAAGCAAUUCAUCACUAUCCAAUUCCAGAAAAGAAAAUGGAAGGGAUGAGAACCAAGGAUGUGGGAACUCAAAGCACACCACCUGAUAGAAGUUCAACGAGUCCUAGUCCGGCUUCGACGCCUCCCAUUAAAGAGAGAUCGUUGAAGGAAUGUGGGAAAGAACAAACUGGUUCAUCAAAAUCUUAUUCCAUUCCUAAAAAGAAAUUAGAGAAAGUGUUUCUUCCUCGUUGAUUGUGCGUUUCUACAAAUGGGGUCGUCAAGAUUAGGCUUGACUGAUUCAGAUCAAUGAUCUAACAAAAUGGAGAAGUGUAAGAGUAAAAAAGGGACCACGCUCUUCACAUAUUCCUAUAGGCUAUAUCUAGCUUACAGACCUAUGAUUUUUCUCCCAUGGUUGUCUGCUUCCCAACAACUCAUACAGUUGUGGUUGUCUCUGUUUGUGGGAAGCAUUUUCCGGACAGCAAAAAAGAAUCAAUCAGAAGGGAAAACGAAAAAGAGAAGAGAGAAAAAAAAAUGGAGGACUCUACUCUAACCAAGAAUAUAUCAGAAUCAGAAGCAAAGGCAAUUUCACAAAACAUAUUUCCAAAUUCCCAACGACCAUAAACUCUGUACUACAAAACAUUUAACAAUCCCACUUACCACAACCAUCCCCACCCUACUUGCUUUAUUGUGGAGCCCAUAGAGAUUCUUUCCUGCAAAAUACAAAAUGGGUUCUCACAGUUUCUGCUGCUUUAUAUUGAAAUUUCUACUUUAUUUCUCUCUUUCUGGAAAAAAUGGUUAUGCAUUUGAAGGAUAUGGUCAAAUGGCUAAAAUAAUGAAAAGAAAAGUCUCUGAAUCAUUGCAUCUGUCAUUCAUUAGACAUCCACAUGCUUGUACCUCAAUAUCAAUAAGCAUAAUCUCAAAAUCAGUCCACAGGUGAAAGGGCCGGGAUUCAACGGAAACACUAAAAGUGAAAAGAAACAAAAAAGUAAAAACGAAAAAACAGUUCUCAAAGGUUAUCGUUGAGCAGAAGAAGUGACCCUUUGUGGAUUAUGUGUUACUGGUAUGCAUCUUUUCACCAGUGGCUUUAAACAUUGUUUGGUAAUCAAAAUGGGUGGUCAUAAUUUGUAACUUUGUUUGUCUUUUUUUUUUUUUUUCCUUUCCUCCCCAAUAACAACAGACUAUACCUUUCAGUUA